CGAACUUCGCGAUGAGUUCGAAGGCACGACGUCGGUCCCGCUCCAGGUCCAGAAGCCGAGGCCGGGGACCGCGGAACCGGUCCAAAGUGAGCAGGUCCCGGUCCCCAGAGGACCGGAGAGUCCGCAGUCGGUCCCCGGAGGCGAAGAGAACCGCCCGGGGCCGCGUGCGGUCCGUCAGCCGGAACUCCAGAUCUCCCGUCCGGCGGCGGCCUCAACACAAGGACCGGCCCGGCUCCAGAAGCGGCUCCGAGAGCGACCACAGGCCGGGAGCACACCGGCCCAGGAGCAAGUCCAGGGGUCGGACAUCCAGUUCUGAUUCAGAUGAUCCUAAAAUGAUGAGAAGGAGAAAGGAAAUGGAGACGCGGAGAGGAACAUCUCAUGACAGGACGAGGAGAAGGUCUGGGUCCAGCUCUGACUCCCAUGAUGGAAGCAGUGAUAGAGAAAUAAGAAGAAGGAGAAGUCCUGACAGACGGAGUCCAGCUCAGGGUAGACAGAGAAAGGAGCAGGAUAGAGAGAGAGAGAGGAGGAGGAGCAGCAGCAGAGACAGGGAGAGAAAAACAGAGGGAGACAAAAGACAAAGGAAGAGGAGCGAGGACAGAGAGCAAGGGAGAAGCGAACAAAGCAGAGAGGGUGACAGAGAUAGAGUCCACAGUGAAAGAGGGAGGCAGCGUUCCAGCUCGCCCGAGUCGUCUGAUAGCUCAGGUUCUGACCGAGAGGGCCGUGCAGUUAAAGAGAAGGUGGAUAAGAAGAAACAGAAGGACAUGCUGAAAUCUCUGGAGACACCAGAAGAGAAGAGGGCCAGAAGACUGGCAAAGAAGGAAACAAAGGAGAAGAAAAGGAGAGAAAAGAUGGGCUGGAGCGAGGAGUACAUGGGGUACACCAAUGCAGACAAUCCCUUCGGUGACAACAACUUGUUAGGAACAUUUAAAUGGCAGAAGGCGUUGGAUAUGAAAGGCAUCGGUCAUCUCGGAGAAAGAGAUCUCAAAGACAGGAACAAAAAUAUUCAGGAGGAGAACCGCAAAGAGCUGCAGAAGGUUAAACAACUUCGUUCAGAGCGGGAGCGCGAGAAAGCCAUGAGAGAGACCGAGCUGGAGAUGCUGCAGAGAGAGAAAGAGGCGGAGCAUUUCAAGACCUGGGCCGAACAGGAAGACAACUUCCACUUGCACCAGGCCAAACUACGAUCAAAGAUUCGAAUUCGUGAUGGUCGCGCCAAACCCAUCGAUCUUUUGGCGAAGUACAUCAGUGCGGAGGAUGACGAUCUCGCUGUGGAGAUGCAUGAACCUUACACCUUCCUCAAUGGGCUCACAGUCACCGAUAUGGACGACCUGCUGGAGGACAUCAAGGUGUAUAUGGAGUUGGAGCAAGGCAAAAACGUGGACUUCUGGAGAGACAUGACGACCAUCACCGAGGACGAGAUCAGCAAACUGAGGAAACUGGAGGCCUCUGGGAAAGGACCGGGAGACCGGCGUGAGGGCAUCAACACAGCUGUGACCACCGACGUCCAGAUAGUGUUCAAAGGAAAGACGUACAGCCAGCUGCAGGCUCUGCACCUGAACAUUGAGACAAAGAUUCGGGCUGGAGGAUCCAACCUUGAUAUUGGUUACUGGGAGAGCCUGCUGCAGCAAGUCAGGGUCUACAUGGCCAGAGCCAGGUUGAGAGAGCGACAUCAAGAUGUGCUGCGUCAGAAGCUGUUCAAGCUCAAACAGGAACAAGGAGUGGAAAGUGAGCCUUUGUUCCCCAUCAUCAAAGAGGAGCCAGACAAUGAGGAAGAUGAGGAGAGAGCGAGAACCAGAGAGAGUGACACAGAGGAACCCGGACAGUCGUCGUCUUCGUCCUCCACAAAAAAUAAGAACAGAGAAACGGAUGGCACGGACGAAGAGGCGGGACCAUCCAAAUCCCCAACAGGAAAUCAAGAUGAGGAGGGAAAAGAAAAGGGUGAAGAGGAGAAGGGCGAGGUGGUGGAGGCCGUACUGACGGAGGAGGACCUGAUCCAGCAGAGCCAGGCAGAGUAUGACUCAGGCCGCUACAGUCCUACGCUGCUGACGCAGUCCGAGCUGCCGCUGGACACUCACACUAUCACCCCGGAGGAGGACGCACACCGACUGCAGCUGGCACGCACACAGCUCCAAGCUACCGGCGAAGCCAGCGAGAGCGCCGAGGACGCCUUUGUUCGUCGUGCCAAAGAGGGCAUGGGUAAUGAUGAGGCCCAGUUCAGUGUAGAGUUCCCGGUCGGGGGGAAAAUGUACCUGUGGGCCGACAAAUAUCGCCCGAGGAAACCACGCUUCUUCAAUCGGGUGCACACGGGCUUCGAGUGGAACAAAUACAACCAGACGCAUUACGACUUCGACAACCCUCCGCCCAAGAUCGUCCAGGGAUACAAGUUCAACAUUUUCUAUCCGGACCUGAUCGACAAGCGCUCCACCCCGCAGUACUUCCUCGAGCCCAGUCCCGACAACAAGGACUUCGGGAUAUUAAGAUUCCACGCAGGGCCUCCGUACGAGGACAUCGCCUUCAAGAUCGUGAACAGGGAGUGGGAGUACUCGCACCGGCACGGCUUCCGCUGUCAGUUCGCCAAUGGGAUCUUCCAGCUGUGGUUCCACUUCAAGAGGUACCGCUACAGGAGAUAGACGCCACGUAACAGGAGGGACCAAGAGCCCACUCCCUGGGUUGUAAACACACGCAGUUUAUGAUUUAUUCUGUAUCUGCAUUGUUGUAUCUUUUGAGAAAAGCCAAUUUGUUAAAGUUACAAAUAAUUUCUGUACUGUUGUUUUAAAAAGUCAAUUGUAAUGUAGUUUGCAAAAUUACACAUUAAAGAUGAUUUUUUUACUCUA